GCGACUGGCUCGCCACCUAAAUUCAACUUUCCAAAAGCAGUCACCGUGAUGAGCCAACUCUUCCCCUCCUAUCGGGCUAUGAUAUUGGCCAGAAAUCUAGUCAAGGGUUACUUCUGAAUGCAUCGAUAAUGAUAUAAAGACGUGAUGAUUGCCCCAACCACCCUUCCUACCCCCAUCCUCCACGGUUCUGCCCAGUCCGGCCAUUAUUAGCGAUCCCCUUAUUCUCUCCUUCCAAUCUCAAGGGCUCUUCUUCUGUCCUUUCUCACCGAUGGUUAAGUUAUCUUCCUUCAUCAGCCUUUUCGGGCUCGCUACUUCGGUGCUGGCCGCCGACAGUGAAGCUUGGAAGACGAGGUCUAUCUACUUUGUAAGCUUUCCCCAAAAUAUCUUUCACCGGUUAUCUUUCCAUCCUUUGGGAGCGAUCCUCUCGCAAACGUCGCAGCCGCAGGAAGCCAGGAGCAUGGGCAAUUGGGGAGUUUUUGUUUUUUUCUGUUCUUUCUUUGACCGCAAUUUUAACCACUUGGGCUGUGGUUGGUUACUAGGUUCUUACCGAUAGAUUCGCGAGGACUGAUGGCGGCACAAAUGCCUGUUCAAACUUGGGCAAUUACUGUGGUGGGACGUGGAAGGGGAUGCAAAACCAGCUAGGCUACAUCCAGAGACUCGGGUUCGAUGCCAUCUGGAUCACCCCAAUCGUCAGCGGUAUGCACCCAUUCCACCCCAGCGGAAAUUAAAAAUCAAGACACAAUUGAGAUAAUUGGAAUGUGGUACCGUACCGUACAACUGAAUAUUCACAGCUAACGGUGAUUAUCCCUGUUAUCACAGACACUGACGGCGGUUACCACGGCUACUGGGCCAAAGACAUCUACUCCGUCAACACGAAUUACGGUUCCGCAGACGAUCUCAAAUCCCUCAUCAGGGCGGCCCAUGCAAAGGGAAUGUACGUAAUGGUGGACAUCGUAGCCAAUCACAUGGGUGCGGGGGACAUCACGACCUUCAAUCCUUUCAACACAAGCUCCUACUACCACAGCAGCUGCAGCAUCGAAGACUACAACGAUCAAGCGGAGGUAGAGCAGUGCCAGAUCGCGGGACUCCCGGACCUCAAGACGGAGGACAGCACGGUGCGCAACCUGCUCUACGACUGGAUCAGGAACCUAGUGUCCGAGUACUCCUUCGACGGACUACGCCUGGACACGGUGAAGCACGUGGAGAAGGACUUCUGGUCCGGAUUCACCAGUGCUGGCGGCGUGCACUCCAUGGGGGAAGUUUUCAAUGGCGACCCGGCUUACGUCGGCCCUUACCAGUAUUACAUGUCCGCGGUCGUCAACUUCCCCAUGUACUACUCCAUCAACGACUGCUACGCGCGCAAAUACGGUUUCUCGAACCUCGUCAGUCAGCACGACAAGGUCGGCUCCGCCUUCCCCCGUCCGGAGCUCCUGGGAACAUUCUUGGACAACCAUGACGUUCAGCGCUUCCUGAGCAUCAACAGUGAUUGGACCCUUCUCAAGAACGCUCUCGCCUACACAAUGCUCGCCCGCGGUGUCCCAAUCUUGUACGGUGGCACGGAACAAGCGUACGGUGGUGGGAACGACCCCGCUAACAGGGAAGAUCUCUGGAGGAGCGGGUACAAUACUGAUGGCGACAUCUACACCUUCAUCCAGAGACUUAUGGCGGUGAAGAGGGCUUCCGGUGGACUGGGUGGUAAUGACCAUGUUCAUUUGUACACCACCGAUGACUGCUAUGCUUUUAGCAGGGCUGGCGGCGAUGUUGUAGUCGUCACUACCAAUGGUGGGAGUGGCACCAACAGAACUUACUGCUUCAACACGCCAAAGACGCAGGGGACUAUAUACACCAGUGGUCUCGGGUCGGCUGCUUACACUGUUGGCACUAAUGGCGAGAUCUGUGUGUCCAUUUCGAAUGGGCAGCCAGAGGUCCUUUUGUCUUUAUGUCUGCCUUCCCCCUAUCUUUCCUUAUCACGCACACGAACACUGACUGUCCCAGAAUACUCGUCCAAAAUAGCGGCACGACCAACGGGAAAGGCACCCUCCUUCUUAAUCUCUUCGCUUAAUGUAUGA